UGCCUUCACAAAAUAAAUUGAUAGCUGUGGCAAUAGACAAAGAUAGAGGAAGCCAAUUUGCUUUGAAAUGGACUGUUGAUAAUCUUUUAGUCAGAGGCCAGACAACUCUUCUAAUCCAUGUCAAAUCACCUCCUCUUGCUUCCCCAAGAUCAAACCAGAUUUAUGAUGAAGCUAGAUGUAGAAAUUUUAGUGAGUUGGAUUUGCAAACAAAGGAAAUGUUUCUUCCUCUCAGAGUAUUUUGUACGCGAAAAGAUAUUCAAAGCCAAAGACAUUCCAGGAGACGUAUUAAAAGGGGUUCCUGAUUUUUGUACUGUACAUAUCAUCUCCAAAUAUGGAAAGAUCACAUCUACUCGACCUGCUUCUCGCCCCGCUCCUUUUGUCCAUCCACCACCUCACCAGUUCACCAGCACCGGAUUUGCUAAUUCAAGAGGUGAGGAUCUAUUCGAUUCUAAUAUGUACGUGGCGGACCUAAGAUUUAGAACUCACGUGUGCUUGCAGAUAAUAGUCCCAGAAGCAGAGGGAGAAGAAGUUUAUAUUAUGGGUGCUUACUCAAUGAUUGUUUAAAUCUUUUGAUAAUUGCCUAUAUAAGGGUAGCCCGAUGCACUAAUCUCUCGCUAUGUGCUUCAUGAUUUCAUGACAUACCAAAUAAGGGAUUGAUAGAAGAAAGCUCCUAUAGUGGACAACUAUAUAGCCCUUUGUAUAGGUUGGGUGCUUGUUUAAAGCCAUAAAGUGCUCGCUUGAGGCGGCAAAUAGAGAUAUAAUGAUUUUUGAAGAUGAAUUAUCGGCACCUUAAACUGUAUACGGACUAAUUAGAGCAACAUACGAGGACGAUAAAAGUUAUGUUGUCCGAACUCUACGAGACUAUUGGGAGGAACCACAACCCCUAUUCCGCAACACCAUCAUCUCCACCGCCUCCUCCCCCUCCUCCUCCCCGUCCCGUAUUUGUUUGAUGUUUUUCAGUGUAAUCUCAUAAAUGAGGUCAGAAAAGGAUAAUGUGUAUGUAGCGUUAUCCCUACAUUACGAAGGU